GUUCAAAUGUGGCUAGACACCAUGAUCAUUGGGAUGGGUUUGUGCCCAUGGGCAAAGCCUGCCAACGAGGCCGGCGGCAUCCGCAUCGUCACCAGCUCUGCCUCCACUCCUCAGGAAGUGCUUGAGGAUUUGCAGAGAGAAGCAAAGAAACUUCAAGGAUGGCUGCCAGAACCGCAAGCUGGAUCUCCUGUGACGACCCUCUUGGUGUGUCCAAGUGUUGAAGAAUGGCGUGACUUUGAAAACUUUGAUGCAUUUCGUGAAGAAAUUCUUUUGAACGGGGAGGUGCUAACAGAGGAGUUCCAGUGCAAGAUCGUAUGCUUUCAUCCACGCCAACAAGCCUCCAAUAUCUAUGGACUGAAUGUUGGCGACGAGAUUCUUGUCGACGUGCCAGGGACAGGUGAAUUUGCUGGAACUGUACUCGAAAUCCUUGGAAUGGAAAUGAAGCCACCGCGUGAGAUCAAAACACAGUUUUUUGGGAAAGUCGACCAAGGAGAAGACGGUGAGAUGGUGAUUGAGCCAUUCCUUGACUCGGAUCACAUUGCCACCAUUUCUGAAGACAACGUCACACAGCUUCUUGGCCGCGAAGCCCUGGCGCCAGAGGAUGGAUGCCGCAGCAUCUUGGGCCGCGCACCGCGGGUUGUGCUACAUCUGCUGAGAUCCAAGGAUUUGGAGGCUGUUGAUGACAAGAAGGCAUUCCAAGCUUUGGAGCGGAAUGAAGAGGUGGUUGAGACUCUUGGCCUUGAAGGAUUCGACGACUUGGUGAAAAAAUGCGGCUGAUCGAAAGGCACGCACUUGGCAUGGCCUAGCUGCAAAAUUGCCUGCUGCAGCAAUCCACAGCGAGACUCCCUGAAAGCCAAUGAAUUGGUAACGUGCGGCGGCAAAGAGCACGCCUCUGAGCAGGAGUUCAAGAUAGCAGCGAGAGAAAAAA